AUGGACAAUCCUAUCUAUAACCCGACAGAUCAACUCUCAUUAUCUGCUUCGUUUGGUACAUAUCACUAUUCAUCCUUGUCUCCCACGGUUAACCAAUCUGCUGAAGAGACGACUUACAUACCGGGAGUGUCGGCAGACGCUUUGGGUUUGACGGCACCGGAAAUGGCGGCCGAAUUGCGACAGAAAAAUUUGCACAGUUGUCACGUGCCAGGUUGUGGUAAAGUGUACAACAAAACGAGUCAUCUAAAAGCACAUCUUCGAUGGCAUACCGGAGAGCGUCCGUUUGUGUGCAAUUGGCUAUUGUGCGGAAAACGAUUCACUCGGUCGGAUGAACUGCAGCGUCAUUUGCGUACGCACACGGGUGAGAAGAAAUUUAUUUGUCCCGUUUGUCACAAACGAUUUUUGCGCAGUGAUCAUUUGAACAAACACGCACGAACACACUGUGACAACGAGGAGAAUGUAUGUGAUCCGACCACAUUGACAACCGAGCUGACCAGUUAUCACAAUACGAAUAACAAUGUGACUGUUGUGAGUAAUCCGUUGAGUGUUUCGCCCGUAUUGUUGUCCCACAUGUCAGAUAACAGUUUGUCCGUUUCGAAGUGUACCCCCUUGGCAGAUAUUUCUGUCGUACCACCAGUACCGUCGAUGGAUUUGAACAGCGUGAAUGACGGUUGA